UCCGAUGAGCUCGUGUUAUGAUAUUUUGCCAUGAGAUCUUGAAACGUGCGGGGUGUCAUCUAGUUAUAUAUAUGGAUUACACCCGCCGCCCCAGCAUACCAUGUGUUUUGGUUGCUCAAUUAUUGUGGGUCAUUAAACUAGGCUCGCGCCACCGGCAAGAGUAUUAUACUAGCUGCAAGUAGAACAUAGAAAAUACAUGUAGCAGUAGUGCAGUACGAAUUAGUCGAAUUAGCUGGAGCCUGGAGGCGUUGCCGGGGAAGGAAGGUCGUCGAACCGGAGGAAGGGAGAGCAGCCGCAGUUACAAGCUCGGUCGUCUAAUCAUCUCAAGGAUUGCUUGAUUGGCCGCCCCGUCGUCUAGCCAAGGAGAUUGCGAAUGGAUCCCGAAGGCAACAGUAAACACGCCAUCCUGGAGCGCUUGCUGGUUGAUAAAAAUGCAGAGCCCAUGAAACUGCCAUUAUCACUAUUGGAGGACAUCACGAACCGUUUCUCUCCUGAUAACCAAAUCGGCAUUGGAGGGUUUGCGGUGGUUUAUAAGGGGAUGGUUGGAAAAUACAUGGUCGCUGUCAAGAAGCUAUCCAACACAUACAAUAUCCGCGAGAAUAAAUUCCACCAAGAGGUUAAAUGCUUGAUGAAGGCUAAGCAUGAGAACAUAGUACGUUUCUUGGGGUAUUGCGCUGAGACACAAGGGGAAAUGGAAGACUACGAGGGAAAGCUUGUCAUGUCAGAUCGACGAAACUGGCUGCUUUGCUCUGAGCAUGUGCCCAACGGGAGUCUUGAUAAGCAUAUUACCGAUGUAUCUACUGGACUUGAAUGGAGAGAGCGCUAUCGAAUAAUCAGGGGAAUAUGCGAGGGGCUACAUUAUCUUCAUCAGAAGUGCAUUCUUCAUUUGGACCUCAAGCCCGCUAAUAUACUUUUAGAUGAUCACAUGGUACCUAAAAUUACUGAUUUUGGUCUAUCAAGGUGUUUCGAGGAAGGGCAAACAAGUGCAUUCACUGAACAAAUAUUUCUAUCACGAGGAUAUUUUGCUCCGGAACUCCUGAGUGGACAAAUCACAUACAAGUUAGAUAUAUAUAGCCUAGGCGUCAUAAUCAUGGAGAUACUGACAGGAGAGAAGAGUUAUCAAGAAGAUGAGAAGGUAGUUGCAAGUUGGAUGAAUCAGGUAGCUGCAAGUUGGAUGGAUCGACUGGAGUCAUUAGAGGGAGAUACACAGUUGGAACAAGUAAGAGUAUGCACUAAAAUAGGGACAGAAUGUUUGGACUUGGACCCGAAGAAGAGACCAAAUACAGGGGACAUAAUCGAUAGGCUUGAUAAAACAGGAAUUGUGGACUAUUCAGACAAAAUUGGUAUCAACAGUUCAUCAGCUGAGCAGAGUCACAAGAAGGUCAAGCCUGCAGACCUCAUCCAAGAGGAUGAAAACGUAAACUGGAGAUCAUUCAACAUUGAUGGUCUAAACAAGUUCACAGAGGCUGAGAUUAAAAGGAUCACUGACAACUAUAGCACUCUCAUUGGCAAAGGUAGCUUUGGAGAAGUUUACCUUGGCGUUCUUGACGAUCGUACUCAGGUUGCAGUCAAGAUUCCACUCACAGAUAUGAAGGAACAUUUUGCUAAGGAAAUAAUCAUACAUUGCCAAAUCAACCACAAGAACGUUGUUAGGCUCUUGGGCUACUGUUCAGAGGAAAAUGCUUUAAUGAUGAUCACCGAGUACAUCUCCGGAGGAAGCCUCAGAGAAGUUCUCGGUUGCAAAGACUAUCCCAUUUCUUUAGAUCAAAGGUUGGGUAUUGCUCUAGACUGUGGAAAGACAUUAAGCAACAUGCAUUCUUCCAUGUGUCCACCAACCAUUCAUGGUGAUUUCAAGCCUGGUAACAUCCUUUUAGAUGAUAACUUUGGUGCGAAAUUAUACGACUUCGGGAUAUCCAGAAUGUUUUCCAAGGACAGCACUCAAUACACAGUGAAUGUAAUAGGCAGCAUAGGUUACCUUGAUCCGUUGUUUGCUAAGACUGGGUGCAUCGAUCCGAAGAGUGAUGUUUACAGUUUUGGGGUCGUUUUAGUAGAACUAGUCACGAGAAAAAAGGCAUAUGAAAACGGGAGCAUGGGCCUCAUAGAAACUUUCUUCCAAGCUGUUCGAAAAGGAACGAAGGCAAGAGAGAUGUUCGAUGCUGAUAUAGCACAGUCGAGCAACAUUAAGGUUCUUGACAAGAUUGUAAAUCUAGCAGCUGAGUGCCUCAGAAUGGAGAUGAGCAAACGCCCUCGAAUGGAAGAUGUUGCAGAACGUCUUCGGAUGCUAAUAAAAGCUCGUUGCCAGAAGGGUCAAGAAAAAACGGCAGGUCACUGGACAUUGUGGGGAAAACAAGACAACACAACACAAAGCGAAAGGAUUUCCAGCUCUAACUCUACCGUGUUCUUCAACUUGAACAGUUUGGGCAUCUUCAGUAGGAAUGCGCACACAAAUUUCAAAAGGAAUGGAGGUCCAGUAGUGCAGAAUGUCAAGGGACUAUACAUUUUCACAAAAAGCGAACUAAGAAAAAUCACCAACAACAACUCAGAGUUUCUUUUAGUCGGAAGCUUUGGUAAAGUCUGCAAAGGAACCCUUCCUGAGAACACCGCAGUGGCAGUUAUGUCCUCUGUCAAGGUAACUGAAGCUUUAAAGGAGCAGUUUAUCGAGCAAAUAGAGAUCCAGACACAUAUGAUGCACGUGAAUAUUCUCAACCUCAUCGGUUGCUGCCUGGAGGUGGAUGUUCCAAUGUUGGUGUAUGAGUUUGCUUUUUUUUUUUUUAAGAAAAGGAGGAUGAUCCCCGGCCUCUGCAUCUGGGAGAUGCAUACGGCCACUUUAUUGAUUAUUCUCGAGGACCGUACAAAGUAUUACAACAAUGUGUCUGAAUCCACCAUCUUGGCAACAUAUGCCGCUACUCCUAUCCAAUAUGAUGAAGGGGUGCUAGCUGGGCCACUAAAGCCGAAACUCAUUCGGAAGCCCCAGCCGAGCCACAUACCGGGUCUGGGGCACAAUCCGGUCAGACGCACUCGUGUGUCGCCGCCGCCAUCUUCCACAGGUCCGUCUUCAGAUCAUAUUGAGGCUUCUACCUUGUCUGGCCAGUCUGCCAUCGACGUCCCCAUGACGCCAGACAGCUUCCUCCUCCUGCACGAGUCCAUCUCCGCGCAACAGACGCCGAGUCUCCACAGCACCAUGCCGCCGAGAUCCGCCACCAUCAAUGUGAAAGAUGAAGCACCGCUCCACCAAAUUCGCCAUCCUCUAGUCCCUCGAUCUUCAAUGUAUGAGUUUGCUGGCAAAGGAAGUCUUCAAGACAUUCUUCAUGGCAACAGCAGAAACCAAAAGCUCCCCUUAGACCUGCGUCUGGAUAUUGCAAUUGGAACUGCACAAGGCUUAACAUACAUGCACUCCUAUGGAAAUCAAGCCAUACGGCACGGUGAUGUCAAGCCGGACAACAUACUUCUGGAUGACAAGUUCGUACCGAAAAUCUCAGAUUUCGGGUUAUGGAAGCUGCUUAGAGAGGAAUAUUAUUUCGGCAAGAUUGUAGCUGGGGACAUGGCUUACGUUGACCCAGUGUUCCUUAAAACCGGGCAACUGACAGAAAAAAGCGACGUCUACAGCUUUGGGGCGAUUCUCUUAGAACUCAUUACCAGGAAGCCAAGUGUAUACGACGAAUACUGUAGCCUCAUUUUGGAGUUCCGUAAAGUUUGUGAGAAAGAAAAGAGCGGUAGGGCGAUGAUGGACAAGGAGAUCGCAACUGAAGAAGAAGAUAUCUAUUGCCUGGAAGAAAUUGGCAAGCUGGCAAUUGAGUGCCUAAAAGAAGAUAUAGAAGAUCGGCCCGACAUGGUGGCGGCAGUCGAGCGACUUGUAAUGCUUAAAAAGGAUAGGAUGCUUAAGAGUUAGGAACGGUAUCCAAGUGGCUUGUGUACUUGAUUUACUUGGCAACUUUCCUCUGCUCCCUGUAUAUCACUGUAGUACAUGUGAAUAAAACGUGAGGUCAACAUUAACCAGCUCUGUGCAAUUCUGCGUAACUGAACUAUAGUACCAACAUCAUGAAUGGCUAGCCAGUUUGCAAAACUGGACUUCCAUACGAUUGGGAUGCUGGGAUUUUUUGUUUUAUAUCAGGAGCAGUUUGGAGUGCAGGAUGUGUCUCUGAAUACAUUGUAAUGGUGUGUCAUUUCUUCUUCUAUUCCUGAACUUUUCGAAGGAUUAUUGCAGCCAUCAGCAUGGGCAAAACAAAAGCGUGUUUGGGGGUAAACUGAAGGGUUCCAAAGGGAAGCGCAUAUCAUCGGACCCAGUUAAAGCCUGGUUCGUAGAUGGAAUCAAGAAAACUACUCUAGGUAAGAUGCAUGGAGAACAGGACGAUUAUUGGUUUGGAUGGACAUGGAAAUAAAUACUGAUUAAUUUGCGAUGAAUGAG